UUGGGUCACGUGACGUGACGUGCGGCCAACAUGGCGACGCAGUGCUGAGAGAGCAGCAGCGUCCAACUGCCUCCGUGUCUGAUACAGCGACAACGGCUGCCCGCUCCUGGCUGACACCCUCACACACCUGCCAAACCGCAGGGACCGGGCCAGAAAUGACGGCCUGAGGGACUUCUUUAACCUCGACCGAGAGAUGAAAGAACAAGAACAGCUGGAAAUUCAUCGACGGCAUACGCAGACAGAAACACUGAGCACCAAAAGCAUGUUUCUGUCUCGAGCGCUGGAGAAAAUCCUGUCGGAUAAGGAGGUGAAGCGGAGCCAGCACAGCCAGCUACGCAAAGCCUGUCAAGUGGCGCUAGAUGAAAUCAAGCUUGAGCUGGAAAAACAGAAGGAUGGCACUAUUGUUCCACCCCGAGCUAACUACAUUGAAGCGGACAAGUACGUCCUGCCGUUUGAGUUGGCGUGUCAGUCGAAGUCCCCGCGCAUUGUCAGCACAUCUCUCGACUGCCUGCAGAAGCUCAUUGCAUACGGCCACAUCACAGGAAACGCCCCUGACAGCGGGGCUCCAGGAAAACGACUGAUUGAUCGGCUGUUGGAGACAAUCUGCAACUGCUUUCAGGGUCCACAGACUGAUGAAGGGGUGCAGCUACAAAUCAUUAAGGCUCUUCUGACAGCUGUGACAUCACCGCACAUAGAGAUCCAUGAGGGAACGAUUCUUCUCACUGUACGGACAUGCUACAACAUCUACCUGGCCAGCCGCAACCUGAUCAACCAAACCACGGCCAAAGCCACUCUCACACAAAUGCUUAAUGUCAUCUUCACCCGUAUGGAGAACCAGGCGGCUCUGGAAGCUCAGGAGUUGGAAAAGGAAAGACAACAUUUACAGCUGCGCAAUCCCUCGCCAGUAUCCAGUAACCCUUCACCUGUGACGCAGAACCCUUCCCCCACCCCCGGCCGAGGGUCCGGAUCUCCGUGGCUCGGUCAAGCCCGCUCGGAACAGAACGGUUCCCCUUCCUUCUCCCUCAGCCCCCCAGUGGUCCCCUCCACCCCUCAAGACUCAUCCUCUAUCAAUGGCCAGACAGAAGAGUCAAAGUCAGAAGAGGAGUUUGCUACAGAUAAAGAGAGCUCAAAGGAACCUCCACAUCCAGACACUCAAGAGUCAAGCCAAACACUUAAAUUGGAGGCAGAGGAGGCUCAUCUACAUCCUGAAACUGAAGCAGCUACUGAGGUUUUGGAAGAGGCCGAGCCAGACAGCGGUCUGGGAGAUAGCUCUGUUGAAGGAGGCUUGGAUCAGCAUUCUGACUCUGAAACCAGAAUGCCGCCCCCUGCUGUCCGUUUGGACUCGCAGCAGAUGAACGGAACGGUGGACGAUCGUGCCUCUGAGUCCUCAACAGAUAUUCUGGAUGCAGACACCAUGCAUGGCAGCCAGACAGCUGCUCGCUUUUCCCACAUCCUGCAGAAGGACGCCUUCCUCGUGUUCCGUUCGCUUUGCAAACUCUCCAUGAAGCCACUAGCUGAUGGACCACCAGACCCAAAAUCUCAUGAGUUGCGUUCUAAGGUGGUUUCGCUACAACUGUUGCUGUCAGUGCUCCAGGGUGCCGGUCCUGUAUUCAGAACCCAUGAGAUGUUCGUGAACGCUAUCAAGCAGUACCUGUGUGUGGCGCUGUCUAAAAACGGUGUCUCGUCUGUGCCUGAAGUAUUUGAACUUUCUCUUGCCAUCUUCCUGACCCUGCUCUCUCACUUCAAAGUGCAUCUUAAGAUGCAGAUCGAGGUGUUCUUCAGAGAGAUCUUUCUGACCAUCCUGGAGACAUCAUCCAGCUCUUUUGAGCACAAGUGGAUGGUCAUCCAGACUCUCACUCGAAUCUGUGCAGAUGCUCAGUGUGUGGUGGAUAUUUACGUGAACUAUGACUGUGAUCUCAAUGCUGCCAACAUUUUUGAGCGGCUGGUAAAUGAUCUGUCUAAAAUCGCCCAGGGAAGGAGUGGACAAGAGCUCGGCAUGACUCCGUUACAGGAGUUGAGCUUGAGAAAGAAAGGACUGGAAUGUCUGGUGUCCAUUUUGAAGUGCAUGGUGGAAUGGAGCAAAGAUCUGUACGUUAACCCCAAUCUGCAGGCCAACCUCGGUCAGGAGCGUCCAGCAGAGGGUGACAGCGCAGAUGGAAAGCUCCCUGAUCACCUGUCCUCUCGCAGAGAUAGUGUGAGCUCUCUGGAUUCCACCAUAUCUUCCGGUGUUCAGCAGACUCAUCCAGAUCACCCUGAACAAUAUGAGGUCAUCAAACAGCAGAAAGAGAUUAUCGAGCAUGGUAUUGAUCUGUUUAACAAGAAACCAAAAAGGGGACUGCUGUACCUGCAGGAGCAAGGCAUGCUGGGAACAUCGCCGGAGGACAUAGCCCAGUUCUUGCACCAGGAGGAGCGACUGGACACAACUCAGGUUGGAGAGUUUCUGGGAGAGAAUGUGAAGUUUAAUAAGGAGGUGAUGUACAGUUACGUGGACCAGCUGGACUUUUGCGGUAAAGACUUUGUGUCAGCGCUCCGUGUCUUUCUGGAAGGCUUCAGGCUUCCGGGUGAAGCGCAGAAAAUCGACAGGCUCAUGGAGAAGUUUGCCGCUCGCUACCUGGAGUGCAAUCAGGGGCAGACUCUGUUCGCCAGUGCAGAUACGGCUUAUGUUCUUGCGUACUCUAUCAUCAUGUUAACCACAGACCUGCACAGCCCACAGGUGAAGAACAAGAUGACAAAGGAACAGUACAUAAAAAUGAACCGCGGCAUUAAUGACAGCAAGGACCUGCCUGAGGAAUAUCUGUCUUCCAUCUAUGACGAGAUCGCAGGCAAGAAGAUCGCCAUGAAAGAGAGUAAAGAAUACUCCAUCACUCCCAAGUCCAGCAAACAGAAUGUACCCAAUGAGAAGCAGAGGAGGCUCCUGUAUAACAUGGAGAUGGAGCAUAUGGCCAAGACGGCUAAAGCUCUAAUGGAGGCUGUAAGUCAUGCUCAGGCACCUUUCUUCAGCGCCACUCACCUGGAGCAUGUCCGGCCCAUGUUCAAGCUGGCCUGGACUCCUCUGUUGGCGGCGUUUAGCGUCGGACUUCAGGACUGUGAUGAUCAGGAAGUGGCGUCCCUGUGUCUGGAGGGGAUCCGCUGCGCUAUCAGGAUCGCCUGCAUCUUCAACAUGCAGCUGGAGAGGGAUGCAUACAUUCAGGCACUGGCCAGGUUUACGCUGCUGACCGCCAGCUCAAGCAUCACAGAGAUGAAGCAGAAGAACAUCGACACCAUAAAGACUCUUAUCAUGGUCGCCCACACCGACGGAAACUACCUGGGCAACUCCUGGCACGAGAUUCUGAGGUGUAUCAGUCAGCUGGAGUUGGCUCAGUUGAUUGGAACAGGAGUGAAGACGCGCUACAUCUCCGGUGUGGUCCGAGACCAGGGAGGCAGUAUAAAAGGCUUUCCAUCAGGGGGAGAUGAAUUCAUCCCUCUAGGAUUAGGUACUCUGGUUGGAGGUCCAGACAAGCGUCAGAUGGCUCAUAUCCAGGAGUCGGUGGGGGAGACCAGCUCCCAGAGUGUAGUGGUGGCUGUGGACAGAAUCUUCACUGGAUCCACGAGACUCGAUGGAAAUGCCAUUGUGGACUUUGUGCGUUGGCUAUGCGCGGUGUCCAUGGACGAACUAGCUUCAGCGCACCAACCGCGCAUGUUCAGUCUGCAGAAAAUAGUGGAGAUUUCCUACUACAACAUGAACCGUAUCCGUUUGCAGUGGUCACGCAUCUGGCAGGUCAUCGGUGAUCAUUUCAACAAGGUGGGUUGUAAUCCCAAUGAGGAUGUGGCCAUUUUUGCUGUGGACUCCCUGAGACAGCUUUCUAUGAAGUUCCUGGAGAAAGGAGAACUGGCCAACUUCCGUUUCCAGAAGGACUUUUUAAGGCCAUUUGAACACAUCGUGAAAAAGAACAGAUCACCCACUAUUCGGGACAUGGUGAUACGUUGUGUGGCCCAGAUGGUGAACUCUCAGGCUGCUAAUAUUCGUUCUGGUUGGAAAAACAUCUUCUCUGUGUUCCACCAUGCAGCAUCAGAUCAUGAUGAGAACAUUGUAGAUCUUGCGUUUCAGACUACAGGUCAUAUUGUCAUGAACACAUUUCAGCAGCAUUUUGGGGCAGCCAUUGACUCUUUCCAAGACGCUGUAAAAUGUUUAUCAGAGUUUGUUUGCAACGCUGCCUUUCCUGACACCAGUAUGGAAGCCAUUCGGCUAAUCCGCCACUGUGCUAGAUACGUGUCUGAGCGGCCGCAGGCACUAAGAGAGUACACUAGCGAUGAUAUGAAUGUCGCCCCUGGUGACCGUGUCUGGGUGCGAGGCUGGUUCCCCAUCCUGUUUGAGCUCUCCUGCAUCAUCAACCGAUGUAAACUGGAUGUCAGGACCAGGGGACUGACAGUCAUGUUUGAGAUUAUGAAGAGUUACGGACACACCUUUGAGAAGCACUGGUGGCAUGACCUCUUCCGGAUCAUCUUUCGCAUUUUUGACAACAUGAAGCUUCCAGAGCAACAAACUGAGAAAACAGAAUGGAUGACGACAACAUGUAACCACGCCCUCUAUGCGAUCUGCGACGUGUUCACGCAGUUCUACGAGCCCCUCAGCGAGGUGUUGUUGGCGGAUAUUUUUGCACAGCUUCAGUGGUGUGUGAAACAAGAUAAUGAGCACUUGGCGCGGUCAGGCACAAACUGUCUGGAGAACCUGGUGAUCCUGAACGGGGAGAAGUUCAGUCCGGAGGUGUGGGAUGUCACCUGUGCCUGCAUGCUGGACAUCUUCCAGACCACCAGCCCUCAUGCCUUGUUGACAUGGCGACCAGCUGGACAGGAAGAGGAGGUGGGAGAAGGGAAACACAUGGAUGUUGAGGUGGAUUCUCAGUCUCAGAGUAGCUUUGAAAGGACCCUGUCAGAAAGAGGACACAGUCAGAUGUCCACAGCCAGCGAUGAAACCUGGAAGGGGAAGUCCCACGCUAGGGUCUCGGACCACAGGUUGUUUGCAGGGCUGCUUAUGAAGUGUGUCGUACAGCUGGAGUUGAUUCAGACCAUAGACAAUAUUGUAUUUUACCCAGCUACCAGCAAGAGGGAAGAUGCUGAGAACAUGGCCGCCGCUCAGAGAGAUGCACUUGAGGAGGCAGACGAUGGGGAAACGGAGCCCGAUCAGGGCAUGUACAAACACCUGUCGUCACAGCACCUCUUCAAACUGCUUGACUGCCUCCUUGAGUCCCAUCGGUUUGCCAAGGACUUCAACUCCAACAAUGAGCAAAGAACAACGCUAUGGAGAGCAGGCUUCAAGGGGAAGUCAAAACCAAAUCUUCUAAAGCAGGAGACCAGUAGUCUGGCCUGCACUCUGAGGAUCCUUUUUCGCAUGUACUCUGACACGCAGCUGCAAAACUCCCUGUCAGACAUCCAGACACGUUUGCUGCAAGUGUGUAGUGAAGCUCUGGCAUACUUCAUCAGUCUUACCUCAGAGAGCCAUCGGGAAGCCUGGACGAGUCUCUUAUUGCUGCUUCUUACUCGGACACUCAGACUGCCUGAUGAGAACUUCAAGCCUCAUGCCUCCUGCUACUACCACCAUCUGUGCGAGAUGAUGCAGUUUGACCUCAUUCCAGAGCUCCGCGCAGUGUUGCGGCGAUUUUUCCUCCGUAUUGGUUCUGUCUUCCACAUCGCUGCUACCCAAUUGGGCCAAGCGCAUCCUUUAUCGUCCUAAAUGACAAACGAACAGGGACCACAGCUCUGAACUUUGGGGGGAAAAAGAGAGGCUGAAAAUGGGAUGGAUGGUCAAGGAGAAUAAGCAAUUCUCCUGUAGUCUUUUUGGACUGUACAGGAAUGCUUUGACUGAUGCAGAAACCAAUUACUCUGGGCUGUGUGUGACUGCCUCAUGUUAAUUCUGCCAGUCCUGACUCAUCCGCCACUCCCCAAUGAGAAAACAGCACUGUGACCCAGCAGGGCUUCUCGACGCUGACACCUCCACUGUGUCAUCCGUCUGUGUCCAUAAAGUCAUGAGUCAUAUUUGUUUAUUUUUAUUUUACUUUAUUUUGGAUGGCUGCAACAAUAAUUUAAUACCAAUACUACUGUAUAGCUGGUUUCUGAUUGUCUAUUCAUUUCAGUUUGUUGGCUUUUGUCUUGUUAAAUAUUUUGUCUGUUUUAAAGGCUAAAAUGUUGACAUCUCAGAAUGGAAAAAAACAGAAAUUCAUUUAUAUGAGUAAAUACAGAAAUGUGAUCAACCCCUAUUAAGACUUUGUAGAUGACAGACAAUGUGCAGUUAGCGUUUGCCAGCUGGCUGUGGGAUAUCUGUAAAGGAUUGGUCCAGAAAUGUGCAUUGUCACGUCCUUUUACUGAAACCAUUAUAAAAAUUUAACAUUCAUCCCCAUUAAAAAUGUAAGGGCUAGUUUCACAUUCAGGCUAGCCUCUUUUCUGGCAUUAAAAUGAGUUUUAUUUUGGGGUAAACGACCCUGUUUGAGAUUCAGUCUGUUCACGCUGAAGUCUAAAUUGUUCUAUGAAUGUAACCGUUGCUUUCGAAAACAGUUGUUGUUUAUUUUACAGGUGUCAAUACGUGCACUUGUUAAUCUACCCGAGCCAUUCCUUAAAUGUCACACAUCAUUGCUCAUUUGGUUUCCAUUGCAUAGUUUCUCUGAAGGGUUCUUUCAGUUUGCAUUCCGAUUUAUCUGUAUUUAUCACUGAAUCCCUAAAACGUCAAAUGAACAUAAAAUUUUAGUACACUAAGGUUUGCUUAGACUAUUUACCUUUUAUUUGUGCAUUGUGCUGUUAGCUCUUUUUGAGUCUGACUGAAUCUUUUCUAAAAAUGUACAUCAUGAAUGCCAGUAUCAUUACCAAAAAAAGUCAAAUGGAAGUAAUAAGAAUAUACUGUAUAAUCCAGGUAUAUCUUCAUCAAACCCCCACAACAUAUGGUUACUAAUGUAUUACCAAUACCCCUAAUUCAUUUUCAUUAAGGAUGUAUUUCAUUCUUGAAGUGCAUUUAAAUAUUUUCUGGAAAAGCAUUCCUUCCCUUGCAACUAUGGAUGUCUACUUUGCCUCACUUGAGACUGGGAAAUAUAAAUAUACACAUUUCUUCUCAAGACUGUAUAAAGUUUUGAUGUAAAAUAUGCAGAAUAAUGUCCAGCUCUAUACAUAUUGUGAUGUAAUCUCCCGAGCAUUUGGUGCAGUUAUCAAUAAAGUUUGAAUUCUGA